AUGAAGCCUGACAAUGCCUACAAGCAGCUGGACCCAUUGGAGGACCAUGGAGCACAGCCCACCCGCUUCCCGCUGAAGCGCUCCCGCGGCACGUUGCUCUCCGCUGUCCUCCUCAUCCUCUUCAUUCUCAUCUUCCUCCUCUUCUGCAAUCUCUGGCUGAGCUCAGCCCUCCGCGGUGAUGCCGGCGGCGAUGCCAGAUCCUGUGGUGACGCAUGCCGGAUCGUCCUGGUGGAGAGCAUCCCGGAGGGAAUGGCGUUUGGUGGCAGAUCUGUGCCGAAUCCGUCCACCUUCUCCACGUGGAUGAACCUCUUGGGGACCGUCACCCGCAGCCUGGACAUCGCCUCCUUCUACUGGACCAUGACCAACGAGGACACACGGACACACGAACCCUCCGCUGCCCAGGGUGAGCAAGUCCUGAAGGAGCUCCUCCAGUUACCGCAGCGCGGCGUCACCGUCCGAAUUGCUGUCAGCCAUCCGUCGCCAAAAUCGCCCCUGAACGACCUCCGAGCGCUGGAGCAGAGCGGUGCCGCAGUGCGCACUGUCGAUAUGCCGCGACUCACCGGCGGCGUGCUCCACACCAAGUUUUGGCUCGUGGAUGGCACCCACCUCUACGUUGGCAGCGCCAACAUGGACUGGAGGUCUUUGACCCAGGUGAAGGAGCUCGGUGCUGCCGUCUACAACUGCAGCUGCUUGGCCAAAGAUUUGGGAAAAAUUUUUGAAGCCUAUUGGGCUCUCGGUGUUCCUGGCGCCUCCAUCCCAGCACCGUGGCCGGGAAAUUAUUCCACCACCUUCAACAUGGAGACACCCUUGGAGUUGAGACUCAAUGGCACCGCUGCCGCCGUCUACUUCUCGAGCUCCCCGCCGGCUCUCUGUGCCGCCGGCCGCACCCAGGAUCUCGGCGCCCUCCUCAAUGUCAUCGAUGCUGCCGAGGAUUUUGUGGACAUCGCGGUGAUGAGCUACCUCCCCACCACCGAAUUCUCCCACCCUCAAAGGUUCUGGCCGGCGAUUGAUAACCAACUGCGGAAAGCCAUCUUCGAGCGCCGGGUCAAGGUUCGGUUGUUGGCAGGUUGUUGGCGGCACAGCCAAGCGACCAUGUUCCCCUUCCUCAAAUCCCUCGCUGCCGUCGCCAACAAUCGGACCCACUACAGCGUGGAGGUGCGGCUUUUCAUGGUGCCGGCAAGCGCGGCGCAAGCCCAGAUCCCCUAUGCCCGGGUGAACCACAACAAGUACAUGGUGACAGAGAAGGCGGCAUACAUCGGGACGUCCAACUGGUCCGGCGACUACUUCACGCGGACGGCGGGGUCAGCGCUGGUGGUGAACCAGACGGUGAGCCAAACCAGCGGCCCCACUGCCGCCGGCACCGGCACCGGCACCAUCCGGGAGCAGCUGCAGGCAGUUUUUGAGCGGGAUUGGAGCUCCCAGUACAGCGCCGACAUCAGCGAUGCCGAGCGGUGGGAGAGCUUCUGUGGCUCCCAUUAG